AUGAUAUCCGCUCGUGUAAGUCCAUCUAACACUACCUGCAACUCACGGCAGGGGACAUCAAUGGCAGUCUUUGCGGACAGAGUACUUGUGAGCAUGGGGAUAAAACUUCUUUUACUCACCAUUUGUUUAUGUGACUCCAUCUGCACAUUCGCUUAUCAUGUUUCCUCCGAUGGGUUGGUGAGAAUUGGUCUAAAGAGGCGGCAUUUGGACAUCGACAGUAUAAAUGCUGCAAGAAUCAAAGAAGUAAUGCAUGCUAAAAGUCCAGCAGAUAUCAACAGUAAUUUUGACUGUCCAAAGGAAGAUUUCGUGUAUCUAAAGAAUUAUCUGGACACCCAAUAUUAUGGAGAGAUUGGUAUCGGUUCUCCCCCGCAGCAUUUUUCUGUUGUUUUUGAUACUGGCAGUUCCAAUCUUUGGGUCCCAUCUUCCAAAUGUUAUUUUUCUAUUGCUUGCUACAUACAUAACAAGUACAGAUCCAGGCUAUCCAGUACGUACACAAAAAUUGGAAAAUCUUGUAAAAUCCCUUAUGGCUCUGGAUCUAUACAUGGCUUCUUCAGCCAAGAUAAUACGGAAGUUGGAGAUAUUGUCAUCAGGGAUCAAGUGUUUGCUGAGGUUUCAAGGGAAGGAUUUUUUACAUUCUUGCUUGCGCGGUUUGAUGGCAUACUUGGCCUUGGGUUUCAGGACAGAGCUGUAGGGCGAGUAACACCAGUGUGGUACAACAUGGUGCUACAAGGUCUUGUGAGCAAGCAAAUUUUCUCUUUCUGGCUAAAUCGAGAUCCAAAGUCACCGACUGGUGGUGAGAUUAUCUUUGGAGGUGUUGAUUGGACUCACUUCAGGGGUGAUCAUAUUUUUGUCCCAGUCACUCGAAAUGGUUACUGGCAGAUUGAGGUGGGUGAUAUUCUUAUUGCAAACAAUUCGACAGGUCUUUGUGAGGGAGGGUGUGCUGCCAUUGUGGAUUCCGGGACAUCCUUUCUUGCUGGUCCAACUACUAUUGUGGCUCAAAUUAACCAUGCCAUUGGAGCAGAUGGCAUUGUCAGCAUCGAAUGUAAAAAUGCUGUUACUACUUACGGGGAUUCAAUAUGGGCAUUCUUAAUAUCAGGGUUACAACCCGAAAAAGUAUGUUUUGAGGUUGGACUCUGUUUGUAUGAUGAAUCUCAAGCAAUAAGAUCCAGUAUUAAGAUGGUGGGCAGAAGUCAAAAAAGAAGUGAGAGUGCUGUGUGUACGUUAUGCGAGAUGAUAGUUUUCUGGAUCCAAGUGGAGCUUAAAAAACAGAAAACUAAGGAAAAAGUUCUUAAAUAUGUUGACGAGCUGUGUGAGAAGCUUCCCAAUCCUGGAGGAAAGUCAUUUAUCAAUUGUGAUAACAUCGCUACCAUGCCAUUUGUUUCUUUCACCAUCGGGGAUAAAUCUUUUCCCCUCUCUCCAGAACAGAGUAGAAGGAAAAUGUUCAACCGUCUGUCUUAGCGGGUUUACUGCUCUGGAUGUCCCUUCCCCACAAGGGUCCCUCUGGGUUCUUGGAAAUAUUUUCAUGGGAGCAUACCACACGGUAUUCGACUUUGGUAAUCUACGAGUGGGAUUUGCACAAAGUGCCUAGUACUGUACCAUUUUUCAUAGUGAUUAGAUUGUAAAGGGAUGAUAAUUUCUGGCUUCACCUAGUCACUCAAUGGUGCUUAUGUAAAGUUUAUUUUGCUAGGUAUUUCUAUUUUCAUUUUCAUUUUCUUUUUCCCAUUUAGGGUUGAUGUGAAGGUAGG